GGUGGAUUGAAAAAUGGAUGGAUUGAAAAUACAGUUUGUGAAAGUUGGAAUAACCCCCAUCCAGCAGAUGGCAGCAAUAGACCACUGCUCAUGAUCCCAUCCUGCCACAGUUCAAGCGACUCAUUUUAAAGAAACAGGACCGAAGUUGCAGUGCUCGCCUGCCGGUGGAGUCUUCCCAUUCGGCAGGACUUGCGCUCUGUUCGGUGUGUGAGUUGUUCCGCGUGCCCACUAAGUUUCGCCUGGAAUUUGGACCUCGUGUCUUCUGUCCCUCAUGUGCUGCCGUAGUACGUUCAUCAGUCACAAUGGCUGAGGCGCCACCGUGCUGUCAGGCGUGCGGAAAACCCGGAUUCACGCCUAAAUGUAGUUCAGAUUGAUGCCACUAUAGUCCAUCGGAUGUUUAGUCUCUUCACCCAGAUAAAGUAACCAGAGUGACAGACAAAAUGGAGACGAUCAAUGGGUGCUAAUUCUCACGACACUCUCGCGGCCUGAGCUGUGUGUUCGAAGUGGGGGAAGAAUCAGCCCACUCCCUCCUCCUUCUCCGCCUCCUCCUCCCUCUUGACUCCGAGUGAGUGGACGGAGAAACACUCUUCAUUCUGCUACAUCGAUGGGAGCUUUGAGAGGGGAUUUCUCUCCGAUGAAGCCGAACACUUGCUUGUCCAGUGUCUGUCCAAAAGGCAGUGCCCACUGACGACUGCGUUUAUUUCGGGCACUUCUAACGUGACCAUGUUUUCCGUGAAGCCACCGAAGCCAACUUUCAGAUGUUACCUUCCUCCACAGCAGACAGGAAUUAAGAAACCUCCCCUGACAACUCCAAAGAAGCUGGAAGCAAAACUACUGCCAGGAGAAAUUGUGGUUAAUGAAGUUAACUUCGUAAGAAAAUGUAUUGCCUCAGAUACCAGUCAACAGGAUCUCUGGGGGAAACUGGUCUGCACAAACUUCAAGAUCUCCUUUAUUACUGAUGACGUCAUGCAUCACGUGAAGUUCCAGUAUAAAAGCUUUCUUUUAGGAGAACAUGAUAUUCCCCUGACAUGCAUUGAGCAGAUAGUGACUGUAAACGAUGCAAAGAGGAAGCAGAAAGUACUCAUCUCAAACCAAAAGCUCAAAUUCAACCCCACUGAGUUAAUAAUUUAUUGUAAAGAUUUCCGCAUUGUGCGCUUUCGUUUUGAUGAAGCUGGGCCAGAGAGUGCAAAGAAGGUCUGUCUGGCUAUUGCUCAUUAUUCCCAGCCUGCUGAUCUUCAACUUCUGUUUGGAUUUGAAUAUGUGGCAAGAGUGUAUUAUAAUUCAGGCAACAAAGUUAACUGUGUGGACCCAGGAGGAGGCGGAUUAGAGAAGAAAUCAUUGUGUGAGCAGACCCCACUGUUUGAUAAGCCCUCCGACUGGGACAGAGAAAUCAAGCGUACGGGAGCAUCAGAAUGGCGAGUCUGCUCCAUUAAUGAAGGCUACAAAAUUUCACCGAAUCUUUCAGAAUAUUUUGUGGUUCCAGUGUCUCUGGCAGAUCAAGACCUCCGACAGUUUUCUCAGUUUUUCACUGGAUUUCGUAUUCCCUUGUGGUGUUGGAAUCACAGUAAUGGGAGUGCUUUGGUACGAAUGGCCAGCAUCAAAGAUGUCAUGCAGCAGAGGAAACUGGAUCAAAGGGUUUGUGCGGCCAUUACAAGAAGUCAUCCAAACAGAAGUGAUGUGUACAAGAGCGACUUGGACAAGAGCCUUCCCAGCAUACAAGACAUUCAGACUGCGUUUACAAAGCUCCGACAGGCUUCUGUCAUUGAUCCUUUCGAAGAGUCAGAGGAGAGGUGGCUGUCUUCCAUUGAGAACUCCCGUUGGCUGGAAUAUGUCAGGUGUUGCUUGAAACAUGCAGCCGAGCUGGUGUACAUGCUGGAGGGCAAGCGGGUUUCGGUUAUUCUUCAAGAGGAAGAAGACCGGGACCUGUCCUGUCUGAUCUCUUCUCUCAUCCAAGUGAUGCUGGACCCCCACUUCCGGAGUAUUGCAGGCUUUCAGAGCCUCUUACAGAAGGAGUGGGUGAUGGCUGGAUACAGGUUUCUUGAUAGAUGUAACCACUUGAAGAAGUCGGACAAGGAGGAGUCCCCCUUGUUCCUGCUCUUUCUGGACUGUGUCUGGCAGCUGCUUGUCCAGUAUCCUGCUGCCUUUGAGUUCACUGAGACCUUCCUGACAGUUUUGGGUGACAGCUUGUGGCUCUCGAUCUUCAGCACGUUUCUCUUCAAUUGUCCCCAGCAGCAGGAUGAACACUGCAGGGAGUUUGUAAAAAGCAGGAGUAUCAGCUGUGGAGAUGAAAAGCCUUUACGGUUUCCUCCGGUCUGGGAUUGGUCUCAGCAGUUCUCCGAGAAAGACCAGGCUCUCUUUAAUAACCCACUGUAUGUUGGCAAAAGUGCGAGCUGUGUGCAAAAUGGAGCCGUAAAGUCGUUUAAAAGAACAAAGAAAAACUACAGUUGCACUCUUCGAGGAACAUCAUCACUGAAGAACGGUUUGCUCAGCGAGCCAGAGUUUAUGCCAAGGAGAAACUCUCUGGUCCUCCGCCUGAAAGCGGACUUCUCGCACGUGAGAGAUUACCCAGACAGCCCAUCAGAGCAGUUCUUCUGCGAGUGGUUCUCUAAGCCCGCCGAUCUGCAAGGGCUUCUGCUCCCACAGCUUCUCCCAUCCCACAUCAAACUUUGGAAACUGUAUUUCCUACGCUGGGUCCCUGAAGUACAGAUCAACAUGGGGGGGUCCGUCACUGCCUUCCACAAAAUGUCCGUGUUGGCAGACGAGAUUGAAAUGCUGCAGCAGCGCUUGCGGCAGUACAAAGGAGUGGGCUCUCUGUCGGCGGGCACUCCUGAAGCUCACCAGAGCAGGAUGUUCUUCAGGGCAAGCAACUUGAGUGACUCUUCUCCGAUGCCUGAAUACUUGACCUCAUCAUUCCCGUUUUCUCCUGUUGGGAAUCUCUGCAAACGCAGCAUUCUUGGAACUCCACUCAGUAAAUUUUUAGGCGGGACCAAAAUUUGGAUCUCCACAGAAACUCUGGCCAGUGAGGCAAUGUGAGUCGCGCGGUGGGCAGAGCCCUGUGCACUUGGCAGUGGGGUUGGCGAGAAGUGGAAUGGCUACAACCUUUGGGGGGGGGGGGGGGGGCAGCGGGCUGUACUGGUUACAUAUUUUGCACAAAAUUCUUUAAAAAAAAAAAAAAAAAAUCGGCUUGAAUCGCACAAUUUUUCAGGUAAUACUCUGCUGCCAAGAUUGCUUUUCUUACGGACAUAAAAUAUUUUUGUAGUUGUACCGACUUUAAGGGCUCGCUCGUUCUACUGUACGUAUCGCAAAUUUGGCCACUCGGUUGACAUAUGGAAUCCGCGCAGACACAAAUAGAGAAGUUUGUUGUAAAUGCAGCGAGCGGAGUGCGGCGUCACACACCCGGCUCUCGAACUGCUGUUCACGUGUCGCAUGAUGUGCCAUAACGGCAAGUGCCGACGUUAAAGUCGCGGGCAUCUGCCUGCAUGGAACGGAGAGUGACGGCUGAGACUUGUUGACGCCACCAGUGACUCCCGCUCCUGGACUUGUUAAGGGUGUUGCCUUUAAGUGCACUGACUCUUCCGCCUGGUGCUUGGGAGAGAUGCGACCUGACGCUGCUGUGCAGCUCUGGCGCGCUUUGUUUUUAUUUUGGUUAUAAUUUGUCAUAUAUAUCAAAUGAUUUUAACAGCUUACUAGAACUGUCACUAUUUACCAAAGUGUGAAUGGAUGAUUUUCCUUGAUAAACGUGUUUUGAUUUCUGGUAGUUGUAUCAACAGCCGAAGUUCAAACCAGCUUGGUUAUCAAAUGGUGAAACUUGUGUUUGAUAGGCAAGUCUAACGCUUGAUAAGCGCUUGGAGGAAACGGUGAAAAGCAGCGCAGUCGUGAUGUGUAAUAAGACAUAGAGGAGGACUUGCUGACCACAUCUAGUGCUCCAGCAGGGGGGCUUCAUCACGAAUUUAAAAAAACGUAAGGCAUACUGCCUCAGUAAGAAAAGCAAUUUAAACAAAUAAGCAGACCCUUAUUCAGGUUGUGUUGUUCUCCACAAAUAUAUGAAGACGGCUGAUUAGAGAAGCUCUUUUCUUGUGCACCAGAUGCAGGCCUUUGGAAUUUUGGGGUGUUGAAGGUUUAUUUCUGGCAGAAGUAAUCGCCUCUGUGUGUUUAUAAGUCCAGUGAUACAGUUGGGACAGCCCAGUGGUCUUGUGAGGCCCUGACGUGUGUGUGUGUGUGUGUGUGACUGACGAGACGUAGCUUUACUCUUACAGAAGCGCUCACGGUGGAGUGUUGGUGAACAGCAGCCUAAUGUGCUGUGCAGAUUUUAGGAGAGGCACACAGUGGGCUACACCCUCCUCUACGAUGGUCUCCUUGUCGGACAUGUAACAGCAAAGGGGUUUGUUUGGCCCUGUGUUUAAACUCUCUCUCCACUUUCAUUGAGUUGCUCUGACAUUCUAACACCGUUAAGAUUACAUAUACUUACAGUCCCAAGUCGCAGCCCACCAAACCGUAGGUUUUGAAAGUCCCGUUUGUAGCCACUCAGGUAAGGUGUCGGCGUCCAGAAUUUACUGGAUUGCACAGUCAGAUUGACCAAUGUGGUGACUACAAAACAUACCGAGGUGCAAAUGUUCCCAAUUAAAUAGACAGUGGGGCGUUACCAGGGGCACAAGACGGGCAGGCAGUGACUGGACUAUCAACCACAAGGGUGCCAGUUCUUGUCACAGCUCUGAAGCCCUGUGUGACACACAAGUUCAGCCCAGUGGCUGCCACUAUCUUAUUUGAAGUGGACUCCCACCUCGUAAUUAAGCAAGCUGCUCUUUCACUGUUUCUAUGUGAAUUUUUUUUUUCCAGAAAUUAUUAGGCAAACAUUUUACCAAAUGAAGCAAACUCGUGUGUGGUAGAUGGAUACAAAUUCUUUUGCAAGGCUUUUUAAUAGUUUGUCCUUCUCUAAGCUCUCUGACUAAAAAGCAUCCAAGUGGGUAACACUGAAGCACCUGCCCUUCAGCAGCCAGAGUUGUUUGGUCUGCCAGUCAGUAUUUGGGUACAGGUAGGGGCACAAACCUCACAGAAAAAGAACAAAAAAAAAAGCAAAAUUCUAUGAAAAUGACAAAACAGAGUUAAGCAUUUAAUGAUAUGGCAGAAAUGCAAAUAUUUCUUUCUUCUAAAUGUAAACACACUACCGCACUUUUUUGGAAUAUGAAAUUAGAAAGAAAAAUAAGUCCGCUAAUUAAACAGCACUAUCACGUAAAGAGAAAAAUUGUUGGCACCAAAUUGGGGUGCCAGUAGUGGAGCCGACUUGCCCUGGCAGCUGUACAGUACACUGAGCUGGCAAAUCGCCCUUGGCGUACAACAAAGACAGACGAGCAUCUGUGGAGAGCUCAUGCCUGGCUUUAACACUUGAAGAAGAAGAGGGCCACCAGUCCCAGCAGCAGCAGAGAGGUACAGUAGAGUCUAAAAAUACUAAACUUACUAACACUUCCCACCACCUGGGGUCUGGCAGGAUUAGUCUGGUGGAGCAGCUGAUGAAGGGGCUUCGGAAAUCCUUGUGUGGAGUUUUCAAUUAAACGGUUGGUAUAAAUUCUAAAUUGCACAUAUUUGUAAAUUGUGAUCAUUUGAUUAACCCUUAUUACAACCUAGAAGUUGACAAAGAUGUAUAUUUUUAUAGUUCCAUAGUUUGGUACUAUCAGUAGUGGUCAUUUAGACAUUAUUUAAGCAAGAUUUAUUGUGUGAUUGAAGUUUUGGAUUCACUUGCAUUGCCCAGCGGGGUUUGUGAUAAAGGGAUACUAGAUAUUUAUAUGAGGUUUUCCUUAUUUGCUGAUAUGGUACAAUACUACCGCUUUAAAAAUGGAAUUUUGACACUGUUUUCAGAUUGUAUAUAUUUUUAAAAUCGUAAAAGGUUUCAUGUCCUAAAGAUAUUUUGAAAAAGUAUAUAUUUGUAACAUUUCUGAAAAAAAAGAAGUUUGCGUUACCUUUGCAAAACCAGUCAUUAAAUGGAUGAGGGCUUAAGUACUGCUCUUUUUAUUUUUAUAAUUCUUGUUCCUGGUAGUUUCUCAAUAAGGUUGGGUACAACUGUCCCAAGGCUUCUGUGGACUUCAGUCCCAGGACAGGUUACUUGAGUUCUUCAUUUGGACUUAAUACAGGGUGGCGCAGGGAAACAGGAAAUUUUCAAUUGACGUUCAGUGCACAAAUAAAGAUGUUACAAAAUACAUUUAAUGAUGAAAUGGGUACACUUGGCUUUUAAGAUGUCCUCACAAACAGUGAGAUUGUCACUGUUGCAUGAAUGACGCGCCUUCUAAACAAUCGUCGAAUAGCUGCCAUCAAUUGUCGGGAAGUAUGUGAAGUGUGGACUUCCUCUUUAAGGCUGAACUCGUUUCUUCAAAAUUACACACCCAUGUUGUAAUCGCAUGAGCAGACGGGACACGAUCAUGACGUCCUAACUGGUAAUGACACUGAAAUUCCCUUUGCGCAGCGGUCACAAUAUCGCCAUUCUUAUACAAGGCUUUCUCAGUGAACGCUUGUUGCGCACCACUCCACUGCUCCAUUAUAACUAACGGCAGAGGGUUCUAAACAACUGCCGACACCCCAGGGUUGCCAACACCCAGUUCCAGAAUUUCCCGUCUCCCUGCACCACCCUGUAUUAGCACAGUCAGUCUUGCCAUUUUGAGAUCACGGCUUUAAUUGAUGCGUCUUGACAGUUCCCCCAACCGAGAGGUCUACAUAAAGCAGGUCAUUUUUCUUGACAGGCCUUGGUGUAAAUUAUAAAGGUUUAAUUUGUUGAAACCACUGCCCUGUCCACUCAUUGGUUAAAGUCCUGAGAUCUCAAAAACAAAGCCGUGUUGAUAUUCUGGAAAAGGUGUGAAUGAUCCCUGGCAGGGUCACUGGUACAAAUAAACAAAGAAAAGGAGUGGCGUCCAUGAUGGGGGUCCAACAAACUGCCACUACUGAGCGGCCACUCAAGCCCUCGAGAACACAGCUGCCUACCUUUAUCAAAGAAAUCUGCCACCGUUUGCCUUUGGAAUAUAUACUUCACUUGGAAUCGACCUUAUUUUCCUAUUAGUUUUUUUUUUUUAAUGCACUCUUUCUGUAUUAAGGCUGUGUUAUUAAAAUGGCACAAUUUGAAACAAAACUGUUAACUGGUAAUGUAAUACUAAAUAAAAACUUAAUUUUCAGCAAUAAUAAUC